UUGCAAUCAUAUGACAGUCACCAUGACCAGCGCUGCAAACAACAGCACCCGGUGAAUUCUCUGCGGAUCUUGAGCAAACCAUCCCCGGAGAAGUCGGCAUCAUCGGGGAUAAAAUUCCGCUGGAUCAGAUCUGGAGUGACAUGAUCAUGACGAGCAUUACUGUGCAAUUCGCCGACGCGACGCGACCUCGUUCUGAUAUUUGAUGAAUGAUUACUGUAGAGCAGGAGAAAAGAAAAGCUACAUUGUAACAGUCAUGACCAACAUGGAUUCAUAAUUCUUCUAACUGAUCUGAAAGUAUAUCCCCAAGAUGGCGGACCUGAGUGAUAUCGAUGCUAUUGUGACGGAUGUAAUAAUGGAGGAGGAAGAGGUGUCCAACAUGCCAACAGAGUCGGACAUUGACGGUGCUUCCAUAUCAGCAAGCCAGGUUGGUCCUUCCGAUAUCAUGCCACGAAUCACCCCCUCUCCUGGCACGCCUCAACAACGCCCUGGCUCGGCAUUAACAGUUGAAAACUUGCGACUUCAUGAACAGAAUGUGGGUUUGGAGGAAAAUCCCCUGUCAAGACAAGGUAGUGCUAAUUCAGGGCAGCGUGAUCGACCGAUAUCAAGGGAGUCGUUAGGCCCAGUUAGAACUCCAGGGAGUGGUACGCCAGUCAGGUUAUGCUCUGGUAAAUCAGGAGGAUUAGGUAAUAUUACUGAUGGAACAACACCGGGACCAGAUGAUAUACAUGUAAGGACUGGAAGUGGAAAGAGAGAACCUCUUCCACCCAUUGGAUCUGACCCUGUCUCACUACAACAAAAUGGAGUUGAUGUAUCCAGAUUAUCUGUAUCAAGAGAAAACCAGGAUGAUCAAGACACAGUAACAAGUUUAGCAAGGAUGUCGGCUCGCUCAGAAAGAUCAGUUUCAUUCAGAGAUGGAGCAGAUAGGUCCCGUACUCCUUCAUCGGCUGGUAAGCGGAAGAAGGACGUAAACUCGCCAGCCAUCAGAGAGGUUCAUAAGGUCAAAGGAAUGGACGGGAGUGAGAGGGUUACUAUAUCAUGUGCUACAGAGACAGAAUGGAGCUGGCUUCAAAUGAUCACAUUUCUAGGGAAAACAGAAGAGGAACUUGCUUCUAUAGGAGGUACGCUACGCCCCAAGACACCUACAGAACCAACCAUCAAGUCUGCACUCUCAAGCAGUAGUAAGGGACCAAUCAGUGACAAGCUUCAGUCAAGAGAGGGCAGCAGAUAUGUAGAGGAAGACGAUGGAGUGAAAGAGACACAGGGAGAAGAGAAGGAUGAAGUACCCCCUCUACAGAUGGAUUCUGAUUCAGAGUUUUCUGAUGAAGAUGAAGUCCUGAAAUCAGACCAAGGAGUGCCUAAGAUAGGUCCUCCUCAGAUCAUUAAAUAUCAGCGUGAAUCAGAGCAGGUGCCUAUCUCACAGAAGUACAAGGAUGCCGCCCAUGUUGUCGGACAAGAAUUGGACUUUGACUUCAAUGAUUUCGACUCUGCAGAUCUCAGUGAGGAGGAGGAUAAAGAAUUAGAAGCCAGGAUACGAGGUAAAAAGAAGUACAGUGAAGAUGAAUAUGAUUACCCCUAUGAUGACCCACCCGGUAAAGUUGAUGUGAAGGCCAGUAGAAGUAAGAACCUCGGCGAUGAUUUGGACGACAGGACAACGCCCCCAUUGUCGACUGUGAACGAGGUCGCUGAGGUGUGCGAGUUCUGCAACAAGGACGCCAAGACGUUCCCAACUCAUGAGAUGCUCAAAUCAAUGUCACAAUCUGAGCUCUUCUGCUGUAAAGACUACCAGGACCUGGUUGAGUACACCAUAGAGAACACGCCCCUCUCUCAGUAUCCAUCGGAAGAGAUGAUAGACGUUGGUCCGCACGCCCCUUACGGUAGCAAGCAGGCUAGGAGGGCUGCGAAGGAGAGAGCGGCCCAGAGGCUGAGGGAUAGAGAGAUGGCUCGACAGAGAGCUGCAGGAACUAAUCAAGCUAACUUCUAUGCCUCUCAUCGGAUAGAAGUCAUGGAUGGAGUUGCACGUCAGAUGAAGACGAUCAACUACUCCCUGUCAUCUCAGAAGUGCUUAGAUGAGGGGUGGACAAAGCGCCCCCCUACACCAGAGGAGCCUGAUCAUAGCAAACCGGUCUACGUCCCUGAACCGACCACACCCCAUCUACCAGUCAUACUCAAGACAAGGAAGAAGGGUCGUAAGGAGACACCGAUCGUAAGGAGGCAUUACCGAAGUGGAGAGCUGUUCAUGGUCAUGUUUGAAGAUGGCACUGGAGCAGUGUUUUACCCCUCGGGUGCUCUAGCCAUCCUCAUCACCCUGGUAGAGAAGAAUCAGUUCAGCUACUAUGUUCAAGCUGAUGGUAAACCCGGUGAAGCUAAGUUCCUGGCUGUCUUUGAACCCAAUGGAAAGGGAACCUGUUACCAUGGCAAUGGCAAUAUCAGAUUGAACGUCAAUCAGUUUGGCGGUGUGUUUACCGAUCGAAAAGGUUCUAUCAAGAAACGUUGGUCAUGGAAGGAUGAAGACACACUCUCCAAGACGCCACCAUUCCAACCUCUCUGCUUCUCACUCAAUCAACAGAUCAGUGUAAGAUGUAUGAUGCAAGAACAAAUCUUUAUCAACUUCAAUUGUGAUCUUCAGUCAUGUCGAUUCAACGCUGGAGCUAAACUUAAGCUUGUUGGUCCAGAUCAAGUUCCUCUGAAAGCUAUAGACAGAGACAUGCUCUACAUCUCAGAGGUCAAGACAUAUGUCCAGAUGGUCCUGGACCAGAUCUUCAACCAGAAGACCUUCUCAAAAUCCCCCAAGCUUGACAGCCUACGACCUCCCCUCCAGAUUCAGAACGCCGUCCGCAAGAAUGAAAGACUCAAACAGAAGGUCGCCGAGAGGAGGGUCAACAAGAAAGCUGGUGGCGUUGUCACCGUCAAGUAGUACUCAACCAACUUCUAGUCCUAUUCUCUGCAGUCUAAUAAUGUAGCAUCGGAAACAAACAAUCAAUAGCCCUGUCAAAUCUCUAGUCUACAAGAUUAAGUCUCCAUAUCGAUCCAGCUUUAAGGUAUUUUAUAAUGGGCUGAAUAGAUAGAUGAUCUACUCCAAAAAAGAUGCACAGAGCAAAUUUAUUUUUCAUCUACAUGGAAACAAUCUUGUAGAGAAUCUGUGUUUGAACAUUGAAGUCACCUAACAGGCCUAGUACCAACUGAAGCUUUAUAUGAGCUACAUAUAUUAGCUUCACAACUUUAUCUUAUUAUACAACGGCAGUUCAAUACGUAACAGAAAGAUUUGGCCUGAGGAUUUUGUUUAUAUUGUUAAUAAACAUGCCUGUAGAUGUUUAAAAACCAUUCUGUUUUGUAGGUUCCUAAUACUUGCAUAAUGUUAGGCUGUAUGUUUAUACAUGUAUUAUUAUUUAUAUUGGGCUAUGAGUGGAGUUUUAUUUUGUUUGUAUCAUGCAAAUUUUGAGAGAUUUUUAAGCUACAGCUGUAUAUGAAUUAUGCUAACUAAGAAUAUAUAUUCUUUUUGCCAUAUCCAAAUUGUAUGUGAGUUAUGUCUUUAGCUUUAAGUAGAUAAGUUGUUAUUCCGCAUACAUCGUGUCUACCAAUUAUGAUUUGUGUAUAAAUGUGUGCAAUAUGUACAUACUUGUAUUGUAUCUUUUUAAACUUCCAUUUUCUAAUAGGAAAUAUUGUGGGAGUGAACAGUAAAAUUAGUCUUCGAGGAUAUAUUUGUAAGUAGUUAUUUUCCACACAAAAAUGAUAAAAUCCAUCACCCAGGUACUUGUAGAUUUAAGAUUCAUCAGUUCAUGACAUGUCAUUAACUAUUUUUUCUGUAACCAAUACAGAUACAUGAAUAAACCUAGACUAGUUAAUUAUACAAAUUUAAGAUGUAUAAUGAAUCAAGAAAUAGUGAAUCGUUGUGUCAGUGCUGAAUAAAAAGGGGAAAAAUAGGUGCAUGUACAUGUGUAGAUUAAUUUGAAAUACCUGUGUGAAAUGUAUGAUAGCUCUCAUGAUUAUGCAACAGAUUGUAAAACAUUUCAAAAAGUACUGUUCCAUCAACUAAUAUUGAUUACUGGGAGGUUUUUUUCGUUCCACAGAAACAGGAUGUCAUAUUAAAUGCUGUGGCUAAUACCUGCCAACCAUUCCUAUUUUGGAGGAAUGAUUACAAUUUGGGGGGCUUUCAAAUUAAUAUUAUAAAUCCUAGAUUCUUUUCUUUCUUCUGAAUACUUCUACAUGAAAGCAUUCAGAAUUUUGUCUGUUUUAGUAUGCCAUAUGCAAGCAAGUGUGUGUGCUCAGACAGUUCGAUUCCAUCCAAUAAGAUAUGUGUGUGCUUAGCAAAAUCUGUCCAUGUACCAGUAGUUUGAAAGUUAUUCCUACUUAGCAUGCUCUCAUGUCUCGCUUCCAUUUCUUCCAAUAUAACAUUGUCUUUCAGACCAUAGCAAAUGUAUUGGUUAAGAAUGUUUUUAGUGGUACAGAUGUAUUUUAUCAACUUGAAGGAUAUAUUCUAUUGUAUAGUAGAAAGUAAAUUUCUGGAUUUGUUUUAAUAGUGUAAAAAUCUGGGUUGGCCAUUUAAGAAAAAUAUAAUCAGCACCUUUCUUGUUAAAUCAGUAAAUGCUUGCCUUAAAAUGU